AUGGGAUCUUGGCUUUGCACUACCUCGAAAACCGAUGGCAUAUCAGACAAAUCUUUGCCGAUUUUUUCAUCACCGGAAGAAAAAGAUCGUUCCCUUCAUACACGAGCAAUAUCUAACUACGACAUUGGUAAUAGUGGUACAAGCACGAGAUUUACGAAUGCUAUUCAUCAGGAUGAGAUUACAACCGACCAGACAAGUCGAUUGGUCAAAACAAACUUGCCUGUACAACUGUCAACGAUAAAAAUAACAAAUAGUAAACAGCGAGAACGAAAUCUGAUGGAACACGAACAAGAAACCGGAUCAUCGCUGAUCGAUUCACGACUUUAUGCUCAAACGUCAGAGAUUUAUUCAACACCGCCACCAAUGGACGAUGUUUUUCAUGAUGCUGUCGACAAUUUCAAUACGAAUCAAGAUCAAACAGGUACGUUCGCGGAAAAUGCUGGUCUUGCUCAAGAAGCGUUAGCUGCAUUGGCAGCGACGGAAAACUUCGCUGAAAUCAAUCUACGGAAAAUUGAUCGUUCAGCUGUUGCAACAUUUGGUUAUGAACCAUAUAAAGACGUGAUGUUGAUAUUAAUCAAAGGUCGUCGCCAUUGUUCAUUACGUUUGGUUAAUCCGAUAUUUGAUUCGGUUAAUGAAGGUGAUUGUUAUUUGUUAAUCACUCCAUCGAAAGUGUUCGCUUGGCUUGGGCAUUAUGCCAAUGCAUUGGAAAAAGCGAAGACAAUGGAUGUGAUCGAUUUCUUGAAACAACAACGUGAUUUCGGUCUACGCAGUGAAGUGAAAUAUUUUAUCUUAGACCAAGCAAAUGAUGAUACAGAAACUGAUAUUUAUGCUGAAUUUGCUGAUAUUUUGCAUGGUGAUGAUGAAAACUUCAAAUCAAUGGAUCUUGUUACGGAUGAUGAUUAUUUCGAAGCGAAUGUUAUGGAACUAAAUCGUGUCUACCGUCUAGAUAAUGAUAUGCUUAUUCCGUUAGACGAUUUUUGUUUUCGUUCGUUAUCAGUAAAAAUUCUCGAUCCAAAUGAAGUCUUCGUAUUUGAUUUCGGCUCAGAAUUAUAUGUUUGGAAUGGCAAAUAUGCUGAUAAAAACAAACGUAAUGUAGGUUUACAAUUAGCACAACAAUUAUGGAAUGAUCCAUACGACUUCUCGGAAUGUUUAAUCAAUCCAUUUGAACCAUUAGAUGAUAAAAAUGAGUCUGGAGGUCAAACGGGUACUAAACGGCCAACAUGGUGUGUAUUUGGGAAACAAAAUCAAAACGUGGAAACGUUGCUAUUCAAAGGAAAAUUCUACGAUUGGCCUGGUGAUCUUAAAGAACUUAAACCGGUUAACGAUGCUGCAAAUAAUGUCAAUCGUAUACCAUCUGCAAGACGUCCUCCGUCCAUCGUUGAAAUGUUGAAGCCAGCCGAUGUUCAAAAGAUGCUCGCUAGACAAGAUAAUCCAGUGAACAUGGUUCUUGAGCAAGCAAGUCUAGGACGAGGAAAACAUUGGUAUGAUCCAAUUGAAUUGCGUGGUCAUGAUGUUCAAACAAUCUCACUAAAUGUUUGGCAUGUCAGUGACAAUGAACGUCACGAGGUGAAUAAGUCAAGCUACGGACAAUUUCAUACAGAUGAUGUUUAUAUCAUUCGAUGGAGAUACAAAUUAGUCGCAUCAGGAUUUCAUUCAAUUACAACUGGUAAAGCAUCUGUAAGAAAGACAGAUACUGGUCGAGAUCGUGUUGCUUAUUGGAUAUGGCAGGGUGUCAAUGCUAGUCCUAAUGAGAAAGGUAUUUCAGCAUUAAUGACCGUCUUUCUCGACGAAGAAAAAGGUCCACAUAUUCAUGUUAAUCAAGAUCAUGAAGAAGCAACAUUUUUGCAAUUAUUUGAUGGAACAUUAACCAUCCAUAUGGGUAAACGUAAUCAAUCUAAUCCAACGAGAACUUCGCCUUGGCAUCUCUAUGUGUUUCUCGGCGAGAUUGAUGUCGAAACUCAUUGGUGGGAGUUGAAUCUGAGCAAUGGUAACUUGCGUAGUCGAACAUCAUUUCUAUUGAUUAACAAUAUUGCAAAUAUAAUGAUACUUUGGCAUGGGUGUGGAACGACGAAUGAACAAAAAAGUUUAGCAAAUAAAUCAACAAUGAAAAUUCGGGAAAGACGUCCAGAUGAAUUUCAUUUCAAUGAUAAACAUGAAUAUAUCGAAUUUAAUGAAAUGCAAGAAGGUGAUGAAACAGAUUUAUUUUGGGACAUAUUUCCUGAGUCAAAUCAUCAGCGAAAAUAUUUCUCAUUAUUAAACACUCGAACAGUUACAAGUUUAACUGCAACGAUGCGAAUCUUUCAUCUAUCGAGUCUACAUGGUCCAUUUGUUGCUCAAGAAAUUCAGUAUCUUCUUCGUUCUCCUAAUCAUAUCUCAGCAUUUCCAUUCACUCAAGCUGAUCUAUAUGAUCUUCAACAACCCGCACUAUGUUUAGUCGAUGCACACUCAGAAAUCUUCAUAUGGCAAGGUUGGAAUGAUCUGUCCGACGAUGAACUUGAUGUACAAUUAAAUAAUGCUAAUAUUCAAGCUGGCGCACCGAACGACCUGCGUUUUACCGCUGAACGUCGUUGUGCUUUGCGUACAGUUGUUGAAUAUUGUAAAGCGAAAACUGGUUCAUCUACUGUUGAUUUACCUUGUUCAAUAGUAUAUGCUGGUUUAGAACCAAUUGAAUUUAUUAAUCUAUUUCCAAAAUGGACGGUUCAUAUGAAAGCACGACAACAAAAUCAACUAGAAGGCAAAAGCGUGAAUCAAAAGGAUUCAGUGCCUGAUAUAUUGAAGAAACUAUGUCGUGAACAGUAUACGAUAGAAGAACUUCGAGCUCGUCCACUACCAGAAGGUGUUGAUCCAUCCAAAAUCGAAUCAUAUCUUUCGGAUGAAGAUUUUCAAAAAGAAUUUCGUAUGACAAAGGAUGAAUAUUACGCUUUACCAUAUUGGAAACAAACAAAUAUAAAAAAACCACUUGGAUUUUUCUAA